AAAUUCAUUUAAUAACAUUGAUUAAUAAGUCGAGAAGUCAAAAUGAUAAUUUUAUCGAAUGUGAAACAUUCGAUUGUGCACAAAUAGGUGACAAUUUCAGAAAUGUCAACACUCAACUGUCAAAUUGGUCACGCUCCUGUCGCUUGCUUCGGUUGCUUUGCUUUGUGGCUUGCUUGGACUUCCAUAAUGAAGAACGAAACAACUAAAAUCAAUAAUAAUGCGUCCGCCAUUGUAUAGUCAGUGUCAUAUUUUUUCAGUAUUAUACUAUAAAGGUAUUGAAUAAAAUGCAACGAUCAGGCAUUAGAUACAUCGAAUUACUUUCUGUCCAAUAGUCACAAUGGAUACGUAUUAUAAAGUGAUAACCGUGAUCCUUUAUAUCGUAAACUCCGUGCAUGCUUACUGUGGCCCAUACAAUGGCCAAAUAUGCAAAACAUAUACAACCGGUUACGUGUGGUAUAACCAUACGGGUGGUCUGGAGAACGAAAAGAUUACGACCGGGCUGUGGAGAGAAAUGAUAUCAACUCUCAGGGAGCCGUGCCGCAGCCGCGCCGAGAAGCUCCUCUGUGCCUACGCGUUCCCCAAGUGCAUCAACAAGGAUGGGGUCGGGGAUUUCGCGCUGCCUCUGUGCUACGAAGACUGCAUCGCCGUUAAAAUGCAGUUUUGUUACAACGACUGGAUCGUUUUCGAAGAGCAAAAACGCCGAGGCGUCUACUUUGAGUCUAGAGGCCAUUUCCGAUUUCCCGAAUGCGAGAAACUUCCUCGGUUUUCAGGGAAAGGUUCACACUUGACAUGUAAUUAUGUGGGCAUCACUAACAUGGACUACAGUGAAGUGACCACGAGCUGCGUGCGGGGCAACGGCCGGUACUACCAGGGCACGGUGAACGUCACCGAGAGCGGCAAGGCUUGCCAGGCCUGGGAGUCUCAGUACCCACACCAGCAUACAAGACCUCCGCUUGUGUUCCCAGAAGUGCAGAACUCGAGCAACUACUGCAGAAAUGCCGGAGGCGAGGAGCAUGGGCCUUGGUGCUACACCAUGGAUCCUGAGGUUCGGUGGGAGCUCUGCGACAUACCACUUUGUGCCAACUCCACCUUAGAAGAUGACAAUAUUAUAGGACCAAGUAUAGAGAUGGAAAACUAUUUUACGCCUACGUUUGUGUUAUUGCUCUCAGUUGGUGGCCUCGGGUGCGUUUUAGGGAUUGCAUCCAUUGCUCUCUUGUGCCACUACUUUUUGAAGAAUCAUUACUCUAAGUGCAACAUGCCUAGCCGCAGAAAUGUCCCAAAUAUGGAUAUUGAUCUUGACAAACUCCCGAGCAAUAUGGCUUACCACACUACCGGGGCUCAGCUGAACCCUAAGCUGGAGAAACUGGAGUUCCCAAGAAAUAAUAUUAUUUAUAUUCGUGAUUUAGGCCAAGGUGCUUUUGGUAGAGUGUUUCAAGCGAAGGCUCCCGGGCUGGUCCCAGAAGAAGAGUUUACUUUGGUUGCUGUCAAAAUGCUGAAGGAUGAAGCCUCUCAUGACUUGCAAUUAGAUUUUGAAAGAGAAGCUUGUCUUCUGGCCGACUUUGACCACCCCAACAUUGUGAAGUUGUUAGGUGUUUGUGCUAUAGGUCGGCCCAUGUGCUUGCUCUUCGAGUAUAUGGGAAAAGGUGACUUAAAUGAAUACCUAAGGGCCUGCAGCACUGCCACUAACUACCCACCAAUGUCAGAACACAGGGAAGACCUAAGGUUACUGGCAACACCCUUGGGCCAUUUAGACUUAUUGCACAUUGCAAGGCAGAUCGCCUCAGGGAUGGUUUAUCUGUCUGAUCGGAAGUUUGUUCAUCGAGACCUUGCCACCAGGAACUGUCUAAUCAAUGACGACAUGGUAGUGAAGAUUGCCGACUUCGGUCUUUCACAUAAAAUUUAUUUACAAGAUUAUUAUAAGGGAGAUGAGCAUGACGCUAUCCCAGUGAGAUGGAUGCCUUUAGAAAGCAUAUUGUACAAUAAGUAUACAUUAGAGUCUGACGUGUGGGCCUAUGGGGUAUGUCUGUGGGAGAUAUUCUCUUUUGCGCUGCAGCCUUACUUUGGAAUGACCCAUGAGGAAGUGGUUAGGUUCCUGAAGGACGGGAAUGUCCUGGCGUGUCCGGACAACACGCCUCGCUGCGUGUACGACCUCAUGCGCCAGUGCUGGAGCACGCACCCCACCGACCGACCCAACUUCAGACUGAUUUAUCAGACGUUAGACAACAUACAAAUGAUUCUCGAACGAACUCAUUCUGACUAAUUUACAGUGUUCUGUGUAUCAAUUAAUAUGUAAGGACUGAGUUUGUAUUUCAUUAUUUACUGUGUAAAGGACUCUUGCCCAUAGGUGUAAAUAAAUAGGUACCUACUUGUAUUUUACGUACGUCAUUACAUUAGUAAGUUUAAUUCGGCAACUAUUUAUUGUUUAUGUCAAUUUCUAUCAUAAGUAGUAAUUGUAAUUACUAGCCAACCUACAACUUGAUGUUGAUCUCUUGCAUUUACUUAACUUUGGGUUUUAGUGGUAAUAUUGGAAUUUUAAUUGUAACUAAUAUUUUGGAUUGUCAUUUGAAUUUAAAGAUAUUUGUAAAGGUGACAGGUAUUUAUGAACUGUGUCAUAUUUUCUAUCCUCGGCAUGUUUGCUGCAAUCCAGAUGACAACUUGACUGAGCACAAUUACAAACAGUUAUAAUAUUUUAUUGGAGUAGUUCUUAUUGAUUAAUUGUACUGUUGUGAUGUUCUCAUCUACCAAUCAAAUAGAAUUAGAUUUGUUUAAACAUUUACUUGUUCUUACACGUAAUUUUUUACUAUGAGUACGAUGUACCUACCCUUACUCUCGUAAAAUUCCAACUGAUCAUAAAUGUAGAGAAUCGACACAAAACUUAUGUGAUGUGACCAAAUACUGAGACCCUACUACCAAAAACGAAAAUAGCCGGGUUGGCCGAGGCACGUCUACACUGGCCGUUUUAUGCCUGACGAAAUUGCCUCGCGAGUAUGCUCGCUCUGUGUGGACCCGGUAAUCGAAAUUACUAUCCACCUCCAUAUCUUUUGAAUAUGCAAGAGUGGUAGAGGCAGAUAACGUUUCUAUUUUCGUUUUUAGAAGUAGGCCCUCUGUUUUGUCAAAAUGAAUAUUGAACCUACCUCUUAAAAAAUUCUCGAUCAUGCUAAGAGUAUUUUUGUAGGCAGCUAUUUUGCUAAUGUUACCCACACUGACCUGUAUUGUUUGUUGUUAUAUGUUUUAAGUAGCUAGUGAGCUAAGUCAAAUACAGAAAGUUAAAUGAGGUAAAAGUAAUAUGGGGCAAAAAGGAACACUUGUAGUGAAUCCUCAUACGGUUUUUCUUGCCCCGAGCAAUAUAAACUAUGUUUCUUUACCCCACCUGACUUUACUUGAGCCAUUUUUAUAUGGUUUAGUUAGAUUUCAAAUGAAAUCAGCCUUCCAUUCCAUUUUUAAAAAACUACCAGUGUUUAAAUAUAACGCCUCUUUUUAUAAUCAUUUGAAACCGAGUAUUACAAAAAAUACUGAUUUUAAUAAAAGUUUUAACUAGGAAGUUAUUUUUAUGAAAAAGUCACUGCCAAAUUUGAAAGACUUUUCUUGUACAAAAUGUAAUUUAAUUUAAGUGUGUAACUUGAAAACAAAUGCUGUUUUGGAUUA